GCUCAAUCCCAACAACACACACGCACACACACACACCACUAUACUAUAUAGGGUGUAGGGUGUAGAAGAUUGAUAGAGCUUUUUACUUUUUUUAAAUAGAGGAUCUAUAUAGGUAUAUAGGAAUCGAACCCAAAAUAAGUAUAUUCUCUUAUAUUGCAUUUAGUAGUAAGUCAAAGCAGUACGCAAAAUAAGGUGGAUUAUUUUAACCACAUGAUUUUAUUACGGUUUGGGACGAAGCCAGGAAGCACAUUUUCGUUUGACUAGCUCACUCCGAAGCGCCGCCCCCGCUUGCAUGACGUCAUGGCUGAGCUCCCCAAUGCGAUUGGUUAGCACGCCUGUCACUCAGCGCUUAGUGCCUGCGAACAGGGAAGAGCGGGUUUAGCUAAGAAAAUUAUAAGGUCAUUUUGAAUUACCGGGAGCUACAGUAAAUCUGCCAUUUCCAAAGAAAAAAAAAAUUAAUAAUAGUAAUAAUAAUAAUAAUAAUGGAGCAGGUGAAACGGCGACGGAUCGCAGCGCGCGCAUGAUUCACCGGAAUUGAUAUUUAAAUAAAAAAAGAAAGGGAAAAAAACCCAGUAUAGAGGUUUGGUUAUAAGCUGAUCAAGGUGGGAAUUGAACAGAAAGGUGGUGCUAAUACAUCGUGACCGACUGCGGAUACACACGAGGCGAGGAUGUUGCGCCUGGCAUGUACCACCGUCCUGCUCUUCGUGCUCAGGCUGGUCCUGACUUUGCCCUGGCUCCAGGUUCUUCCUGCCGUCCUCAUCUUCUUCCUGGGAACCGGAGGAUGGAACUCGCUGCGUGUGUUUAUGAAGACCAUCAGCCGAGACCUGCAUGCGGCCGUGGUGCUGCUGAAAGUGAAGCUGAACGUGAAGCGACACCUGCGCGAGUCUAACACCAUCCCCAAGAUCUUCGCCCAGACGGUACGGAAGUACGGCGACAAGACGGCGCUUAUCUUCGAGGGCACGGGCGAGCGGUGGAGCUUCAGGCAGCUGGACGAGUACUCGAACCGCGUGGCCAACCUGCUGCACGAGCGCGGCUUCAGGGAGGGCGACGUGGUGGCUCUGUUCAUGGAGAACCGCUCGCAGUACGUGGGUCUGUGGCUGGGCAUGGCCAAGAUCGGCAUCGAGGCGGCGCUCAUCAACUUCAACCUGCGUCUGGAGGCCCUGGUGCACUGCGUCAACAUCUCCAACGCCAAAGCCGUGGUGUUCGGCAGCGAGCUGACCAAAGCGAUGUGUGAGGUGCACAGCUCCAUGGGGAAAACCGUAAAGCUCUUCUGUUCUGGUGACUGGGAUCCUGAACGAGUACCUGAAGGAACCGAGUGUUUGGAGCCGCUCCUCCAGGCCACGCCCACACACAAGCCCAGCCACCCACAGCGCGGCUUCACCGAUCGUCUCUUCUACAUUUACACAUCUGGAACAACUGGAAUGCCCAAAGCUGCCAUCGUCGUCCACAGCAGGUAUUACCGUAUGGCUGCUCUGGUGUAUUACGGUUUCAGGAUGCGGUCGGAUGACGUGCUGUACGACUGCCUCCCGCUUUAUCACUCAGCAGGGAACAUCGUGGGCGUCGGUCAGUGUCUGAUCCACGGCAUGACCGUCGUCAUCAAGAGGAAGUUCUCAGCGUCCAAAUUCUGGGAGGAUUGCAUCAAAUACAACUGCACGAUAGUGCAGUAUAUCGGUGAGAUCUGUCGUUAUUUGUUGAAUCAGCCGCUGCGGGAUGUGGAGCAGCGUCACUGUGUGCGCAUGGCGCUGGGUAACGGUCUGCGUCAGUCCAUCUGGGAGGAGUUCAUGCAGCGCUUUAACGUCCCGCAGAUCGCCGAGUUCUACGGAGCCACCGAGUGUAACUGCAGCCUUGGCAACUUCGAUAACAAGACCGGUGCGUGUGGCUUUAACAGCCGUAUCCUGCCCUUCGUCUACCCCAUCCGUCUGGUCAGAGUGGACGAGGAGACCAUGGAGCUCAUCAGAGGACCUGAUGGAGUGUGUAUACCGUGUGGUCCAGGUGAACCGGGUCAGCUGGUGGGCAGAAUCAUCCAGAACGACCCGCUGAGACGCUUCGACGGCUACGUUAACCAGUCCGCCACCAGUAAAAAGAUCGCACAGAACGUCUUCAAGAAAGGGGACAGCGCCUACCUGUCAGGAGACGUGCUGGUGAUGGACGAGUUCGGCUACAUGUACUUCAGAGACCGUACGGGAGACACGUUCCGCUGGAAGGGUGAGAACGUCUCCACUACUGAGGUGGAAGGAACGCUGAGCCGCCUGCUGGAGAUGAAGGACGUGGUGGUGUACGGUGUGGAGGUUCCAGGCGCGGAGGGAAAAGCCGGCAUGGCGGCCAUCGCUGACCCGGACCACGCCACAGACCUGGGGAAGUUCAGCAGGGAGCUGGAGAAGGCGCUGCCCCCCUACGCCCGCCCGGUGUUCCUGCGCUUCCUGCCUGAGGUCAACAAGACCGGAACCUUCAAGUUCCAGAAGACGGAGCUACGCCGUGACGGCUUCGACCCGACCGUGGUGUCCGAUAAGCUCUACUUCCUGGACUGCACUAAAGGAUGCUACGUUGAGCUGGACGCCGAACUCCACCGUAGCAUCGUCUCGGGGAAGCAAAAAGUAUAAAGAAACCACUGCCGACUCCGCCCACUUCCUCAACCUUCCAUCAUCACACCCCUCCCUAGGAACCUUCCAACGCCUCGCCCCUCGUUACCUCAGCAACCGCAGUGAGGGGCAGCAGGAGCAGCUCUCCACCUCCCACCUCACUCACUCAUUCAUCCAUCCGUCCAUCCGUCCGUUCAGACACCCGAAGUGCCCCACCCUCGACCUACCGUGGGCAGGAUGACACACAGACAUCAGUACAAACUCUUUGAGACGCAUUAUAACAGUUUAAGGCACAAGGAGAGAGAGAACACGCCUCCUCGAGCCCGUUCUGCACAACGGCUGCUUGUUAUAAAGCUGAAUCCUGAACGCACCCCAAAACAACAACAACAACAACAACAACAACAAAAACCCUCUCUGCUCAGCGAAGGGACCAAAUCGACACGGAUUCACGCGUCACGUGUCCGUCCACACGCGGCAGAGCAACAGACAGCCAUAAAAGUGACUCGGUGUGCAAAUGCUAUUUAUUUCAGUCUUUACCUGCACCAAAAAAUAUUUAAGUUGUAGAAUAGCGUCUAUUUAUAAAAACGAUUCAUUAAUCGUAUCGUAAACAUCGAACACAUCAUCUGUGUACAGUGUAGGAGCAACCGAUUACUGCGCCUGGCUACUGAUUCAUUCUUCCACACCUGUAGGGGGCGGUGUGUGAAACCGUGUGUGUGUGUGUGUGUGUGUGUGUGUGUGUGUGUGUGUGCGUGUGAACUGAAUGUAUCCACGUGCGGAGACAGCACUGUCAGGUUUUACGUCUGAUAUUUCUACACGGCUUUGUGGGGAGGAUCUGGUGCUCGUAGCCACGCCCCCUCACGCGAGAGAUGAAAAAGAUGAAAGGGAACUCAUUUUAAUACACCUGUAUCUUUUCUUUUUUUUUUUUUUUUUUUAAUCACAGAAGCAUGGCUGAUGAAUAGACGGAGCACUGUGCCUUAACAUGAGCUCAGGCCCUGUCCUAAUCCACCUCACGCUAUCUGGCUCCCUUUCUAGGCUCCCUUUUCCGUAUCUUCCUAUCCAUUUCCUCUAGAUUUUCUUCUUACGAGAUAAACACUCCUCGAUAUCGAUAAUCAGAUGCAUAAUAAUACAGCACGAUAUUUACUAGACAUACAUCCAUACCAUUUUUUUUCCAAGUCAUGGAAUUACAGGGCUGAGAAUUCCGAAGAUUUUGAUGAGGGAACUUUAACUGCAGUUUAUUUCUCAGUUUACGGUUAAUGAACGCAGCAUAACCCUACGUUCACGCUAGCCAUCGACGAGUCAAUCGUGUCGCUCGUGGGCGUGGCCUGUCCGGUGUUUUAUUUACACUAGUAGCUAUAUAUCGCUUCUAAAGCUAAAUUAAAUAACGUGUAAAAUCGGAUCAGUGUGUGAGUUACGUGUUACGCACUAAGCUAACUGCACUAGCUACGUACUAGCUACGUACACUCACGAUCUCUACGACUGACUUCCUUCCAAGCUUCAUUUUUCUUCUUAACAUCUCUAUACACAUUUAAUGAGAGCGCAGAUAUGACAGGAUGAGAUGAAACAACGCACACUUUUUUUUUUUUUCUUUCAAGUUUUUGCGGGAAUUAAUUGCAGGUAGGAACCGAAGUUGUGAGCAGGGAACUGAACAAAUGUCGCAUCACACGCUUUAAGGAUAACGGGACAGUUGUUUGGAUUUACUGCAUAGUAUUGAGAAAAUUUAGACUGAAAUCUCGCUGAAGUCGCAGCUCCAUGUGACGUACGUACGUUUAAAAUGAACGAUCGUCUGACGUUUCGUCAAUCGCUAGUGUGAACGCAGGGUUAGACUGUGACACAUGGUUUAUUUCUGUGUGUGUGUGUGUGUGUGUGUGUGUGUGUGUGUGUGUGUGUGUGUGUGCACGUGACAGCUUGCUGUAGCAUGACUCACUAUUUAACUAGUACAAAGGGAAGAUGAUCAGCCAUGCUAAUGCGAAGCAGGAGGUUGAAUUUAAUCCAGUUUUUAGAAAAACACUCCAGAGUUUAAGAUCAGAACUGAAUGAGGUUUAUAAAUUAAUAAACUUUAUUAAGGUAAACUUUAUAUUAAGGAUAAAGUUUAAAACCAAAAAAAAAAAAACCCAGUGGUUUAUCAUGCACUCUUCUGUCUCAACUGUGGUGUUAAUUUUUAUUUUCAUUUUUCUGUCUUUUUUUGCAUUUAUUUAUUUUUCAGAACACUGAUUUGUUUUUAACUGUCAUGGAUUGAGCAGCUUUAAUCAUGUUUUCUGGUUUAUUUUUUUGUUCUUGGCGUAAGUGUGUGUGCAUGCGUGUGUGUGUGUGUGUGCGUGUGUGUGUGCGGGGUCGGUCCUAUGAAAGCAGAGCGUCGUCAUCGCGCGACUUUGCCGAGGCCUCUCCUGACUUCACAUCAGUUAAAAAGCUUUGUUUUAAUUCCGAUUCACAGUAAUAAGGGGCGGAGUCUGAUCAUAUCUUGAGUGCUGAUUGGCUGAAAUGGAAAUUACGUUCUAACUGUGCUCCGAUGUACAUUUGAAUCUUGGAUCUGAAACGGGUCACGGGACCAAAAUCUGAAUUUGAAUUCUGUACAUCUGAUCCAGGAUUUAAAGCCUUGGACACGAAACUCGACAACAAAAUUUGCCACGCAAUUCCAAGAAGAAGCGUAAUAAUCAUUCAGAUUUAAAAAAAAAUUAAUCCAAAUAUCAAUCCGUUAUCUUUGACUUUGUGUUCAGCAGCAUUUCUCUGUUCAGUCUUUAAUUUCUCCACACACACACACACACACACACACACACACACUUCAGUGUUGGAUUCGGAGCUCGGGUGUGUGGGAAUGAGGAGUUGGAAUCAGAUUGUAGUUCAGUGAUCUGGCCUGUAGGUGGCAGUGUGUGUCCUCACCUGACCAAAUCCUAGUCUUCAUUCCAAAAACACUCAGAGCUGAUUUCUAUUUCUGUUAUGAAAUACAUUUGCGUGCGGGUUACGGCGCGGAGAGGGGGAUUAUGGGUAAACGUGUUGAGCAGAGAGGUUUCUACGCAAUCUUUCGAGUGACUAACAGUGCGGAUCUCACGUGCUGUGCGUGAACCAGCCUUAAGGUGAACUCUGAUUGGUUGGCACGUAGGCGUGUUCGACUGCGUACCCGGAAACGUUUACCUUUCUCCUGCGGGUUUUAUCACUGGUUCAGAGUAAUAGCGUUAAAGUGUAAAUAGUGAAAAUUUCCCAUUUGUUAUCGCAUUUGCUACGUUUAAAAUGCAGUGUGUUAAACAUCUCCUACGUUACAGAUCACGACAGAAACAGAUGAACAACGCUUUCGAAAAAUCUUAAAUCAGAAUGGCCGCUCAAAGCGUCAGCAGUAAACACAGGAGCACGCUUAAAUCUAGAACACCGACUCUACAUCACUCAUCGCAGUUAGCUGGCUAGCUUGUAGCUAACAACAGAAGAGCAUGGAGACGUCCAUGUUUUUAUUAUUAUUGUAACUUGAAAGCACGAAGGUUGAAAAUAACGUAAUUCUGACUUCCGAGGUCCGAUGGAGCAUUUCUACCAGCCGAUUUAAUCCUGCGUAAUCGCACAGUUUACGAUCUUUUUCAUACUCGCAGGAAAGACGUAGCACACAGCGUAGCUCUCAGUUUAAAAAGAAAAAAAUCUAAACCUCCUAUAAUUCUGUGACGGGUACAAAUUGUGAAUUUAAACACUAGUUAACGUGAACUGUUUGAUCCUGCUGAAUACAGACGCUUCAGAAACGCUAAAAAUCGUUUAUAAUCGAUCACGCGACGCUUCUUUUUUUCAUAAAACAAAGUCUCCCGUGUUGUCUUCUAUCAUUCCUACACUGAAACAUGGAAAUCUUUUCGUUUUUGCUCUUUUCCUUGUUCCAGUUUCUGUAAAUUCGGGUUUUAUUCACGUGACACCGCCCCCUAGUGGACACGCUCGGCAUGUACACGUUCCUCGCAGAAGUAUAAAUCGGCUCUGACGUACAGAACGGCAGCUUCAUUUCGUUAUACUUUAAAUCAUUUCUCCGUUCUCUUGAUAAAAUUCGCUUUUUGAAAAUGACUUUUGUGAAUGUGGUGUGUGAAUGCUACUGUAAUACUGUUUUAUAUUUUAUAUAUACACACGUUUUUGUUUGAUUUGUUUUAUUAGCAUUUUUUUUUUUUUUUAAAUUUAAUUUUCCAGAGUGAUGAAGGUCCAAGCAGGAUCACCGACUGAACUCAACUUUUAUUUUGGGUUUGCACGUUAACUGAAGGUGGAGGUCGACAUAAACAAAGUUAUUUUUGGGUCCAAGAAAAAUAAAAACAAGUAAAAAUGCUAUCUGGGGAACAGGAAUGUGGUCACAGAAACCUGGUUUGAAACGAACCAUCAACUGGGUGAGCGUCAUCGUUCUCCUGAACGCCGUCUCCAUGUUUCUCAAUUUUCCGUUCGGUACUCAGGAACAACGUUUUAGUUUCAUAAAAAAGGGAAAAGUGUGUUGGGUUUGUGGCUUGGUUAGUAAACAGUGCACUGUGUGUGUGUGUGUGUGUGUGUGUGUGUGUGUGUGUGUGUGUAGGGGGAGGUGUGUGAGGUGUGCACGUCGCACUGAAGUCCUCUUGUCUCUUACUAGCUGUAUAUCGUGCUUUUCAGAAGAAAAAAACAACAUGGCAUCUGAGAAUCAACAUUAAUAAAAAAUCUGUAAAGUU